AUGGCAAGCAAAGAUACAAGCUCCAGCAUUUACGCAGCGUCCUCCUCGGAGCUGGUUGGCAAAGCCAAGGCCGCCGCGGGCGGCAAGCCGUCACUCUUCUCCAGGGUCAAGGCGGCCUUCAAGUCGCCGGCGGCGGAACGCGGGCAGGCCGUCAUGGACGCGCGGCCGCCGCGGCGCGACAGCGACGAGUGGUCGUACAUGACGGACCCGGAGGACGAGACGCGGCAGAUCAAGAAGCGCAAGAAGAAGAUGGUCGAGUACAAGCCCCUCGCUAUCACGCAAGGCUCACUCGCGAGCCAGGGGGCCGUGCUAUAG